AUGCCUUCACAACUUGAAGAGCUGGUGUCUUUUUUACACUCACCUCAGCCUGCUGUGAAACAAAUAGCCCUGGAUAACUUGGUUGGGUACAGUACUGGCGCCAAUGCUAUCAUCUUCAAGUAUGACAACUACAGAGCUAUCCAGGACCUGAAAGAUUUGGCAAGAGAAAACUCUAGGCUGUUGGUACAGCAAUCCGCGACAAUUUUGGCCAAUCUGUGUGAUGAUCCAGUGAUGAGAAGACUAGUGGUGAAGGACGAGAGCUUUCUAGAGUUUUUAGUGUGGAAAAUCUGCGACGUUGCGAACUCCAGUGCGGAUAUAAUGUGCAUUUUACUCACAAAUCUGGCCAAGGAAUCCAGUAUAACGAAGGUUUUCUCUUUUGACAAGAAGAAUGCCAGUGACACCGGCUUGGACAAGAACUCCUUCAAAAGUGGCCAUGUUCUUGAUUGUUUGAUGGAUUGCUUUGUGAAGGGAUCUGAUAGGAACCUCAAUAAGUACGCCAAUUAUGAUUACUUGGCGUACUUUUUCGCUGACAUUUCGAGAUUCAGCGCAGGUAGGGAAUAUUUUCUCCAGCGAAGAGAGUAUGACGGUGUGGUACCAAUCGUCAAAUUGUUGGUAUUUACGGAAAAAUAUGAUGCUAAGACAAGAAGAGAAGGUGUGGCUUCGACUAUAAAAAACUCACUAUUUGAUUCCGAGAAGCAUGAACAGCUUUUGGCUGACGAGGACAUUAACUUGUUGCCUUACAUUUUAUUACCUAUCGCGAGCGCCAAAGACUCUGAAAUCGACGAAGAAGAUAUGUUCAAUCUACCGGAUGAACUACAAUUACUUCCUGAAGAUAAGCAAAGAGAUCCUAGCCCUGCCAUCAUCUGUGUUCAUUUGGAGAGUAUUUUGUUGCUAUGUACCACAAGAUUUGGAAGAGAAUUUCUAAGAAGCAAGUCGGUAUACCCGCUGAUAAGAGAGCUUGAGAAAAAUUCGCAAAAUGAGGAAAUAAGCGAACUUUGUGAUCGGGUGGUCAAUAUGUUGAUGAGGGGAGAAAUCGAUACAGAUCAGAUUGAAGAAAUGCCUACCAGAAACGCCGAAGACGAGAAAGAAGAGGAAGAAAGUGACGAGGACGAUAAUGUGAUUGUCGAGGUUGCGUAA